UAAUAACGGUGAAGGGUUCUUCACUAAUCACACCAACCUCAUUCCAUCCUCAGACAGUUAGAAGGAAAGAUGGGGCAAGCCUUGAAGAGUUUAGCAGCUGGUGAAGACGAAAAGAAGGCUAAGGAAAUCGGGCCCAUAAUAGAUGAAUGCUACAAUCGCUUGUUUUCUGACCCCUCCAAGUUUCAGAAUAUGGAUGCCUUCUACCAUGCAAUUUGUGAAACUAUCGAAGAAAUCAACAAAAGGCUUGGAAACACACAAUUUCACGUACCAAGCACUGAGACCUUCAAAGAAGCAUUCAAUAAACACCAUCAGACCAAAGACAAAGAUGGCAAUCCCAAGCCCUUGGAUAAGGAAGAGUUUGGAAAUAUCCUACAAGCUGUGAUACGUGAUACAGGGGUUACUGGUGUAGGAGCAAAAGACAUUCUCUUUUACAUCUUUGGUGUUCCAACUACGGCAUUAGUUAUUAAGAACAGUUUGAUCCCAUCUGUGUUACCUAAUGAACUGUUUAUCCCAGGGAUUACAUCUGCAACUGUCUUCCUUCUCGCGAAACUCGGCAAGAUAUGAACACCUUGAUCUGCAAGUUACUGAUGAAAUUAUUGUCACCCAGUUGGGUUCUUUGUGUAAUAAUGAAAUAUUGUUCCUUCAAUUUGAAGGACUCACCCUUUGCGUGCCUCUAUUCAAUUAUGCAUGGUUAUUAUAUUUCAGGUAA